AUACUCCUUAGUUAAUCAAGCAGUGAAAAGAAAUUAGCCAUUGUGGUUUUGCUCUCCAUUGACCACAUCCCAGUGACCUGGGCUUGCUCCUAAGAAGCGAACAAUACACUAGGACAUGCAUGGUCACUCUACAGAGGCGAGAAGGCAUGGUCACUCCAGGUGAUUGGGCUGGUACUGAGAUGACGCCUGAAUAGGCCUUUUCAUUGAUUUCAAAGUGCAACCCCCACAAAUUUCACCCCCUGUUUUCAACCAAUCACAGUUCACUGUUGGUCGGGGUUUUAAAGGAUUAUCUUUGUUGGCUGAGCAGGACAGUAGUACAAAAUGUACUAGGAAUUGGGAUUGUGUUCCUAUGAUAGGAUGUGCAUGUAAUUGUUGAGCAGCAUUUGUUAGGGCCAGUGUGCCUGAGUACAUGUAGGUUGUCAGUUCAAGCACAGCUUGGGGGCAACCUCCAUUCAGUUGGUACAUGUAGCUAGUGAAGAAACAGCAAUGGCUUGUGUGGAGUAAAACGGAAGUGAGAAUUGUGUUCUCUGUCGUGACUGUGGGUUCAUCUUCAGGACUGAACAUUGUCCUCUGCUGAGACCAUUGUGGAUUCUCCAGAUUUUAGCCACAUCCUUGGAACAUUUGGCACACCCGUUUAGUUUGUAGAUUUAUGGUGUGAGCUACACGGUUGUAAAUCCACCGUUGAGAUAUCUUCAAAAUCCUGUGAUGUUUGAUAAAGCCUUGCCACAUCACUGAUGAAGUUGCUCAAUUUUGGAGAGCAGUUUUGUGUGAAACACUUGGAAAGUAGACCAGCAUCACUCUCGUGAAAUACUGUAACUUUAUUUGUUGUCCAGCUUGUGUUCUGCACAGGCCUUGUCAGUUCAUCAGUCCCAUUGUUAGGCAGUCAGCCUUUGCUGUUUGCUGAACCGUGUUGGAUUCCAGGCUGCAUUGUUGCGAAAGUAAACUUUACAAGUACACUGUAAAAUUGGCCUAUAAAUUAUGAAUGAAAACUCUGCCAAAGUCGACUGAUUGUUUUCAAAACGAUAACAAUCCGGGGAAAUCACAAGCGUGGGAACAAAUGGAUUUUCGUGCAUUGGCAGUCAAAUUUCUGUGGAAAAUGGAAAUCAACCUCCCGUCCUCAGCUUCAGCAGGCAGAUUUUGUGAAUCCUUGGAAUCUUACAAUGAGAGAUCAUCAGAUAAUGAGCCCAUUGAGGUGUCCAUAUCCCCGAGACUGCUUCCCCUAGACGAAGAGUUUGACUGCACUCACUAUGACCCCAGUGAAUCAGAUGUCGUUGGCUCCAAGAGAUUCCACGAUGGGAACCAGCUCGUACCCUCUGGUACGAGAGCCAUACAUUGGGAUGUACGGAUCACUCACCAGGAGUCGGUCAUCACGAGUCAGUGUGUAAGAACUGAAAAAUCUGUCCAGUGGGUCCAAGGGGUACAUCAACCUGGUUGUGAGGGUUCUCAACUACGAAAGUCCUUCCGUUGGCUUGACAAACUGAGAAAGAAAUCAAGUAGGCAGCUGAAAAUCACACCAGUUGUACUGCGAGUGGAAGACUGGGAACCAGGAAAGGCAGUAGUACUUGAAUUGAAGACCGCACUUUGGAGAGGGAGCCAAGAUCCCACUUUCAGUAAUGAUGUGCCAAGCCAAGAUUUGAAAAACAUCCUGUCCAAAACUGAGGUUUCUGUAAACUUUAGAACUGAGCUGGAGAUAAAAUUGGAGCUGCAUUGUCAUUCUAGUUUUCAAUCUGUGGACCGAACAGAGCUUUCCACAAAUGAUUCAGCUGUUGAUUCAAAGACUGGCAAAGUAACCAAAGUCUAUAUGACUCAACUGGACUUAAAGGUUUUCCGAGUACCAGCCACAAUUAACAACAAGUUUCCUCAAGUGCAUUUUUCAUCGUCAGUAGUUGGAAUUACGAGUUCAGCAGCCACAUUAGAAGAUAGUCCCGGAAACCCGAAAAAGUUUUCCCUUAUGAGUAGAAAUCAUACCCAGAGAAGAAGAUGGGAAAAACCGAAGCCACGGAUGCCUAAGCCCUUGGACAUGGAUGAAUGGGAUAUCAUUGAGGCAGCUGAGAUUGACUACCACCCAAAUCUGGGUGACUCCGUGGACUCACCUUUCUCAUCGACUUCCUCAUCAGUGAUCCCCUGUCGCCUGGCAGUUGUGACCUUUUCACCUUUCACUUUUGCCCCUCGUGGUGCGGGCCACAUGUCAAUCUCAAUGUCGACAGUCGUGGCAGUCCCUCUGCCACAUUUUGCCUUUGUGAAAAAUGGCCAAUGCCACAGAGCUAUUCUUGAAGAUGAAGAUAACCCACCGAGAUCUGAAUGCAGGUCAAAUGCUUUGCCAAAAUCCUCUACAAGUUUAACAAAGGCAAAUUGCAGCAAAGCACACCGAGCCUUUGUACUUGACUCUCCUCUGGGUGCUAGGAAUGAAGUACAGAUUGCAGGUUUAGAAAAUGAGAAAUUCUUUAAGGAUCCUUACACAGUAACGAUGGGAGGGUUCUCCAAGGUUACAAACUUCUUCCGUGAGGCUCUUGUGGCGCCGGCCGCUAACCGACCCAUUGAUGAAUAUGCAGAGCUGAUGACGGACCUGCCCAGUAUCCUGUCCGUCAACUCCCAGGCUGAGCAGAGCUACGAGAUGGUUGUCCCGGAGAGUAAGCUGGGCUCCAGACCAGAUGUGGAAAGACGAGGCCCACUGACCGAGGCAGAGUGGGCCAGCCAUCUUGACAAGGAAGGAAGAGUCACCAAUGUCAAAGAUCUUCAGAAGAAGAUCUUCAGAGGGGGUUUGGUUCCAUCCCUGAGGAAGGAGGUCUGGAAGUUUCUGCUUAAGUACUACCCCUGGAACUCCACCAGCAAAGAGAGGACAGCGCUUCGAAAAAUCAAGGAGGACGAGUAUUUUUGCAUGAAGGCCCAGUGGAAGACCAUCACUCCCCAGCAGGAGAAGAGGUUCAGCAAGUACCGAGACAACAAGAGCAUCAUAGGUAUGUCCAUCACAGAAAAAGAUGUGAUUCGGACAGACAGGACACAUCAUUUCUUUGAGGGGGAGCACAACCCACAUAUUGAAGUGCUGCACGAUAUUCUCAUGACGUAUUGCCAGUACAACUUUGAUCUUGGUUACGUACAAGGCAUGAGUGAUCUGCUGGCUCCCAUCCUUGUUGUCAUGGAGAGGGAGGUGGAUGCAUUCUGGUGCCUGGUGGGAUUCUUGGAUGACCACAGUCUGGUCAUGAACUUUGACAUGGAACAGGAGGGCAUGAGGAAUCAACUGAUGCAGCUAAACAGCUUGAUGCAGAUUGUGGAUCCCAAGCUGUACAGCUACCUCCAAUCCAAGGAGUGCAGCAAUCUUUACUUCUGCUUCCGGUGGCUGCUCAUCUGGUUCAAGAGGGAAUUCCCCAUGGAGGACGUCUGCGCAAUCUGGGAGGUCAUGUGGACGGGCCUCCCCUGUAAGAAUUUCCACUUGCUGAUGUGCCUGGCCAUCCUGGAUGGAGAGCGAGACCUGCUGGAGAGGGAGAACUUUGACUUCAGCGACAUUUUGAAGCACGUGAACGAGCUGUCAUGCCACAUGGAUGCUGGCAAAAUCCUCCAGACAGCGGAAGCGAUCUACCUCCAGCUCUUUGAGUACCCGGAUCUCCCGCCCACCCUCCGAGAGGUGAUUGGGCUGGCCACGGAGGAGAACGGCACUGUUGAGAAUGGGUCCCACGGCUCCGAGAGCAGCAUCGAGGUACUCGCUGACCCCUCGGAUUAAGAAAGGAAAAGUGGGGAGGGGGGGCAGGUGGACUGUCUGUUAGUCCUGUUGUUUGUGUGUGGUCUUUUUGAAGCAUGUGACCUGGUCCUAAUAUCUGUAAUCUUGUCGAAGGGAAACACCUGCAAACUUACAAUUUGUUUUGGAGUAUACCCUAGAGAAUAGCAGCCCGGCGGAAAUUCGGUGUCCAAGUUAGAAAUGUCUGGAAUACCAGUUGGGAAUGUUUGCCUGUGUAUAUGCACACUUAAGAAAAGCUCAUUCCAUUCAAGGGAAGAUCCAGAAAUGAAAACCUUGCAUUAUUUGUAAAACUUUGUUUCGUUGUUGGGGGUCAUGGCCUCUGUUGGCCCUCUGCCAGAUCUGCUUAUGGUUCCAUUUUGUAACAUACUCCUUUCCUUUGGUAAUGCCUCGUGUUUGAAAUUGGGAAUUCCUAAUGGAGCAGAAAUGUUCCAAAUUUUAAGACUGGGGUUGCUGACUGUUCCUUGCUAAACAGGAUUUACCUCAGAUGUGACCAUGCAGUAGAUUUGUUUGUAACGAACGGCAAAGUUCACAUGCAUGACAAGUGUACAGUGUCGCUUUGGUAAGCUUACAUUUUGCAAGGGCAGUGAAAUUAGAGCCCACUAUCACUUUAAAAUAUGUGAUAUCCCCCAGCGUGGCUGUGAAAUUAACAUUUUUGUGAUGCCUGUGCAGUUCCAGAAAAGAGUGAGAUAUGGGUCAUAAUGCUACAACAGAUCAAAGUACUGCGUAUAAUCAUGGCAUUGUUAAUCGUUCCCCAAAUUAUGUACUGGAACAACAAAUACGGGGUAUUAGGGAACAAAGUUGUAUCUGAUAAUUUUACAAAAUUGAACAAAAUGCCUGUUAAAAGCCAGAUUACUGAAAUUAUAUCAAAGUGUACUAAAAAAAGGAAUUACAGUUCAAAUUCAUAUACAUGUGUACAUGUAAAAUGUAUCCAACACAGUAAUCUUUCAACUGUCUGUGGCAACCUAGCAUUGCAUUUAAAAGAUAAGUGAAGCUGUUUAACAUUUCCAAAUGUACAUUUCCAGAUUCAUGACAAGACUGUUUUGACAAUCUUCUGGUAUGGUGGAGCCAAGCCAGCAACUCACACAAGUUAAAAUUGAAAGUAGCGAGUAUCACUGCUCCAUUGUUCAGUUCACCUUGCAUGAGUCAGAAUAUUGGUAAUCUUGUCACAUGACCAGUUUUCAAUUCACAAAAUAGUUAAGUGUGAUUGAUCUGUGAUGUCAAGGUAGCAGCUAAAAAUCUCAAGCUUAUUUGUCUCAUAAACUCACAUGCACUCAAGAUGCAUUAAUUUUUAAGUUAACUUCAUAAUUUCUGUUGUUUUUGUUUCAUCGUAGGCAUCUUGAUUCUUUUUUCAAAAUAAGCCCGCAGGUCAUACAGUGUUUAAAUGACAUAUGACAUCCAGCCCGCAGGUCAUACAGUGUUUAAAUGACAUAUGACAUCCAGCCUGCAGGUCAUACAGUGUUUAAAUGACAUAUGACAUCCAGCCUGCAGGUCAUAUAGUGUUUAAAUGACAUAUGACAUCCAGCCCGCAGGUCAUACAGUGUUUAAAUGACAUAUGACAUCCAGCCCGCAGGUCAUACAGUGUUUAAGUGACGUGUGACAUCCAGCCCGCAGGUCAUACAGUGUUUAAGUGACAUGUGACAUCCAGCCCGCAGGUCGUACAGUGUUUAAAUGACAUAUGACAUCCAGUUAUUCAAUCAGGUUGUAGAUUCCACAAAUUGUGGGAUAGGUAAUACAUUGUGCUUUCGGGCAGGUUCAUGCUUAUGGCCAAUGCAGUUUUACAACAUAUUAAAUGUGCACACACUGCAAAUAGAGGACAUUUCAACUCAAGCAAAAUACGCUACAAAACGUUUCAUGGUGUCAAAAGUUUGCCUCACUUCUGGCUUUGCCUGAAGUGGGAGGAGUCCUCUAAUCCUGACAACCUGCUUAAUUUUGCUGGAAAUCAGAGCUUCAAACUGCAAGUAAAGAUGCAGUGCCUGAGCUGUACUUUCGUCAAUUCUGUAAAAGCCUCUAAAAGGGGUAGGAUCUGGGAGGAUCGGAACUUGUUGGAAUUGGAACUUGUUUCACAUGAUAAUAAAUGUGAGCCGAAACAGAA